GAAAACACUCAAUAUCUUCCAAUAGUUAAUCAUUAUGAAUAUCAAAUUUGGAGAUCUGGAAACAGAUGAACGAUUCAAAAAACUGCGAGAAUUCCUGAAUCUCUCUGGACUGCGAAAGGAACAUAAUGAGAGUAUACACGAUAGAAAACCAUCGACUGCAAUAACUUGGCCGAGUAGUUCCAGUAUUAAUGUAGAUACUUUGGAUUCCAGCAAUGCAACACCAUUGCAACAAACUUCUUUGCUCAACAGCGAAGUCUUAGCUUCCAGCAAUAAUUUUAGAAAUAUAUUUUUAAAGAAGAAGAGCCACAAUAUUAAGCAAGAAGCAAUGACUACAUCUAGUCUCAAACAGUACGAUGUCAAGAAGGAUGAUCAUGUCGAUCGGCUUACUAUGCCACCCCCAAUGGGAAACACAAUUUAUCGCACUGUUCGGGAAUCACAAAAUGAAAUCCGUGCAUUGUCGAAUUGCGAAAAAGUGUUGCCUUCAUUUGAUUCAUCUAUACGCUCUUCAACGGUAAAUACAUGUUUGAAGAGCGCUCCUACCUCGAUAUCCACUAAUACAGGUGCUAAUGGAUCUAUACCAAAGUAUCAGAAAACUUGUGUCUCACCAAGUUCUAUCCAUAAUUCUCAGAAUAUUGAUCGAGUAUUUUCAAAAUGGAAAAUUGCAUUAAAUAGCUGCUACGAAUUAAUAAUUAAAGGAACUUUAGAUUG